CCCGCGCAGAACCGGCAGCGCUGCGCGGCUAUGGCGGCGCCCGGUGGCGUUCAGGGCCCGGUCGCUAACCCCGCGCUGUGGGCAGAGGUGCGGGCGCUGCUGCCCGCCGCCGAGGAGGGGAUGACGUUGGCGCUGAGCGGCGAGGUGGAGGACGGGAUCCUGCAGCUCCUGCGGCGGGCCCGCGGGCUGCUCUACGCCCAGCCCUGCGAGGCGGCAGCGCUGGGGCGCCUGGGCGAGAUCCUGCGCGAUUACUCCUGGGAACGGCUAAACGCGGGGCCGUGGCGGGAGAUCAGCAAGGCCUGGCGGCAAGUUUACACCUACGGCUGCCUCUUCGCAGCGCUGGCCGAGGUCGCCGCCGGCCGCCCGCUGGCGCCCGCCGUCCGCCUCUGCGACAUGGGGCUGCUCAUGGGCGCCUCCGUGCUGGACAACGUCCUCGCCCGCCUCGUCCGCGUCCUGCAGGCGCAGCUGCCCCGCGCGGAGCCUUGGGCCCACGGCAGCGUCAAGCAACUGCAGGAGCAGCGUCUGUUGCAGAAGGUCCGGAUCGCCUCCGCUCCAGCCCCGCUUGUGCAGCCAGAAGAUGCGGUUCCACACCUUCGCUGCCCUUCGCUGGAGCGCUUCCGAGAAAACUAUCUGAUCCCAGGGAAGCCUGUUGUCUUAGAGGGGAUUACUGACCACUGGCCGUGCAUGAAGAAGUGGAGUGUGGACUAUUUUUGUCAAGUCGCAGGGUGCCGCACAGUCCCUGUGGAGCUGGGUUCCCGAUACACAGAUGAGGAAUGGUCCCAGAAGCUCAUGACUGUGGGUGACUUCAUCAGCGAAUACAUUGUGAAUGAGAACAGCAUUGGAUACCUUGCCCAGCACCAGCUUUUUGAUCAGAUCCCAGAAUUGAAAGAGGAUAUCAGGAUCCCUGACUACUGCUGCCUGGGUGAAGGGGAAGAUGACGACAUCACCAUUAACGCUUGGUUUGGUCCAGCAGGCACUGUCUCACCUCUUCAUCAAGAUCCCCAGCAAAAUUUUUUAGCCCAGGUGUUUGGAAGGAAGUACAUCUGCCUGUGCCCACCACAGGAGUCAGAAAACCUCUACCCACAUGAAAGCCAAAUUCUUCACAACACUAGUCAGGUGGAUGUGGAAGAUCCUGACUUAGUGAAGUUUCCCAACUUCAGAAAGGCUGCACUUCAGUCCUGUGUUCUGAUGCCUGGACAAGUCCUCUUUAUUCCAGUACAAUAUUGGCACUAUGUACGAUCCCUCGAUAUCAGCUUCUCUGUCAGCUUCUGGUGGUCAUAGUUCUGAAGCCUGCAUAAACUCUACUGGUAUUAUAAAAGGAACUAAAGAUCAGAAAGAAAGUAGCAUCUGGCAUCUUCUCAGAAGGAAACUAUUUUUAAGCAUGAGAAUGUCCCUCCCUGUUCAGGUGUUACAGGUGGAUUGGAAAAAAGACAAAAGCCAAAGAACCAACAAACUCUUGCUUCAGAAUGGUGGAAGAAUCUGGAUGAGGAAGUGGAAACAGUUGCUACAGGCACUCUGUUUUCCAAUGCAAACUCCUCAUAAAGAGCAUCUCUUAAGUCAUCAUUUGAAUGCUGUAACAGCUCUAGGGUACUGCUACAACUGUGCUUCAGGCUUUUUGGGACAUGAGGUCGGCAUCAUCUGCGCAGAAUCAGAUAAACAGUGAGGAAUGGUGCAGCCCAAAGGUUCAAUAAACAAAAAAGCUAACACAAAGCAGGAUAGGUA